AUGUCUGAUCCAGAAUCAAAACUAGAAUCUGAGUCUGAAAUAUUAAUCACAAGUAAUUUAUAUAUAGAAAUAAUUAAGGCAAUGGAAGAUAUAAGAGUAGCAGAAGAUAUCAAAGAUAUAAACAAUAAUAGUAAUAGAAACAAAAAA